CAGCUGGAGCAGCCAGACAUCAGAGCGCCUGAGAAAAGCUACCAAAGACAUCCGAAUACAGAGACUCUACUGAGGAAAACCGGAACAGCAUGUCUCGACUGAUGAUCCUAGCAGGGUUGUCUCUGCUGGUGUGCCUCCAGUUUGGUUCUUCCACCAAACUGGCAUGCUACUUUACCAACUGGUCCCAGUAUAGACCAGGUCUUGGUAAAUACAUCCCUGAAGACAUUGAUCCCAACCUCUGCACACACCUGAUCUAUGCCUUCUCAAAGAUCAGCCCCUUCAAUGAGCUGACAACAGUCGAGUGGAACGACGACGUUCUUUAUCGCUCCUUCAACGGACUGAAGCACAGAAACCCCCAGCUGAAGACGCUGCUGGCUGUUGGAGGGUGGAACUUUGGAACAACUCAGUUCACCCUCAUGGCUUCCUCAAGUGCCACCCGUCAGGUCUUCAUCCAGUCUUCCAUCAGGUUCUUGAGACAACAUGGCUUUGAUGGGCUGGACCUGGACUGGGAAUACCCUGGAGCACGAGGAAGCCCACCAGAGGACAAAAGGAGGUUUACCUUGCUCUGCCAGGAAUUACUCUCUGCUUUUGAGAGGGAGGCAGCAGAGACCAGCAAGCCACGCUUGCUGCUUGCAGCUGCAGUGGCUGCUGGGAAGGGAAUCAUUGACCAUGCUUAUGAGGUCGCUGAAAUUUCCAAGAGUCUCGACUUUCUCAACGUCAUGACCUAUGGCUUCCAUGGAUCCUGGGAUGGAAUCAUUGGCCACAACAGCCCUCUGUUCACCAGCUCUUCCCUUCAGGGCCCAUUUGUCCAGUACAACAUCGACUUUUCCCUGAAAUACUGGACAUCUCUUGGAGCUCCUGCUGAAAAGCUGCUGGUUGGUUUUGCCACUUAUGGACGAACAUUUCGCCCGAGUACAGCGGCUACUGGUGUUGGAGCACCAGCCAGUGGACCCGCCAAUGCCGGGCCUUACACCCAAGAGUCUGGAUCAUGGUCCUACUAUGAGAUUUGUGCUUUCCUCCCUGGAGCCACGACUCACUGGAUUGAUGAGCAAAAGGUUCCCUAUGCAGUCAAAGGCCACGAGUGGGUGGGCUUCGACAACAAGCGGAGCUUUGAGAUCAAGGCUCAGUAUGUGAAAGACAACCGACUUGGAGGAGCAUUCAUAUAUUCUCUGGAUAUGGAUGACUUUUCUGGGCACUUCUGUGGUCAGGGAAAGUACCCACUUGUUAGUCACCUGCGCUCUCUCCUGGACUCAGAUUUUCCUCCACCUCUUCCUGUUACCACCAGCCGUCCUCGGCCACCUAACAAAACAACAGCUGCUCGUCCAACCCCAGCCCAAAAAACGACUCCUGCAUCUGGAAGUGGUUUCUGUGCUGGAAAGGCUAAUGGCACCUACAAGAACAACGAUGACAGGACCACGUUCUAUCAGUGCGUGGGUGGGAUCACAUACUUGCAGCAUUGUCCCGGAGGUCUGGUUUUUGAUGAGAGAUGCACCUGUUGUGUCUUUGCAUAAAUAAAAACCCUAUUCAUCUAA